AUGGUUGUUCCAGAUUCCAAGGAGGAGAUGUUCCACCCGCCCUUGGAUCUACAGCAGGACGCCCAUGUGCCAGAUUUUGCCACUUACCUGGAGCUCUACAAGAAGUCUAUUGAUAAUCCAGAAGCGUUUUGGAAAGAAGUAGCAGCAGAGUUUUAUUGGAAGAAGCCGGCCAUCGGACCAGUGCUCCAGUACAAUUUUGACGUGACGAAGGGAAACAUCUUCGUCAAAUGUUUGGAAGGAGCAAAGACAAACAUGUGCUACAACGUCCUGGACCGACACGUCACCGAUGGCAACCUGGGAGACAAGGUGGCGUUCUACUGGGAAGGCAACAGUCCAGACCAGCACUCGCAGAUCACCUACAGCCAGCUGCUGAGUCAGGUCUGCAGAUGCUCCAACGUCCUGAAGAAACUGGGUACAAACACACACAACACACACACAUCUAUGACAUCAUGA